CACCCUGCCGUGUGCCCCAGGCCUGCCACUGCUGCUGUGCUGUGUCCCCUGAGCUGGGGCCCUCGGCUGCCGGUGUCUGCUGGAAGCCAAGGCUGGGAGAACAGGAGCAUCUGCUGUGAGCCAUGGCCUCGCAGGAGGACACACAAGAAGGGGAUGCAAAGGCACAGCUCCUGGCAGAGGCAUUUCAGAAGGAAGGACUGGAUGCUGGAUACUGGCUGCCCAAAAUGUCCCAGAUCCUGGGAAUCAAGUGCAGAGAAGCCCUGCAACAUCUGGAAUAUGAAGAUUACCUCAAGCUGGAGUGUGCAGCACGGCACCCCUGGGAGAAAAAGGCGCUCAAGAAGCUCCUGAAUAUAACAGAUGACAAAACAGCCUCUAAAGAGGUGCAGAAGGAGCACUUGGAAAAGACAAAGCAAAGGCAGGAAGUGGCCAAACAAGCCCUGAAAGAUCUGACAGAAAUGCUCAACAGCCACAGCCACAGCCAGGAUGUGCUGAGGGAGCAAACAGAGACUCUGUGGCGAGCCAUGGAGAUUCCCAAAGAGUUCUGGCCAUCGCCAAAGGAACCCUUGGCAGAAAUGCUGGAGAGCAUCCAUAAGCAGCUGGAGCAGCAGCAGGAGAUGUCAGCAGGCAGGAGGGAGAACAUCCCUGACACCGAGGUGCUGAGGCGGGCGUCGGGGGGACUGGCCCUGCAGGGCAUCUACAGAACCAGCAGAGCUGGAGAUGUGCUGGCAACGCGAGAGCAGCUCCUCAGGGUUCCUGAGGGAUUCCAGCUCGCCGGUCCAGAGCAAGGAUCGCUGCUUGAGAGGAGGGAGUUCUCCUCCUCUGCAGCAGAAUCCACUUUCACCAAGUCCAUCCCCGAAGUGGCCAAACAAGCCCUGAAAGAUCUGACAGAAAUGCUCAACAGCCACAGCCACAGCCAGGAUGCGCUGAGGGAGCAAACAGAGACUCUGUGGCGAGCCAUGGAGAUUCCCAAAGAGUUCUGGCCAUCGCCAAAGGAACCCUUGGCAGAAAUGCUGCAGAGCAUCCAUAAGCAGCUGGAGCAGCAGCAGGAGAUGUCAGCAGGCAGGAGGGAGAACAUCCCUGACACCGAGGUGCUGAGGCGGGCGUCGGGGGGACUGGCCCUGCAGGGCAUCUACAGAACCAGCAGAGCUGGAGAUGUGCUGGCAACGCGAGAGCAGCUCCUCAGGGUUCCUGAGGGAUUCCAGCUCGCCGGUCCGAAGCAGGGAUCACAGCUUGACAGUAGGGAGUUCUCCUCCUCUGCAGAAGAAUCCAAUUUCACCAUGUCCAUGGAGCAGCUGGGGUUCAGCAUGAGGUUUUCUGCUAAAUUCUUUACAUUGUGGGGGAUUAAUCUGAAAGACAGUGUAGAUUACAGCAGGUCCUCACAGUCCGAGGCCACCCACCAGUCCUACUCUGAGCAGAGCUACUUUUGCACCACCAAGUUCCAGUACAUCCCCCUGGCCUCCUGCUACUUCCAAAGGCAUCAGCUUCACCUCUCAGAUGCGGCUCUGCGGGAACUACAACACAUGGAACAGAUUAUGGGCUUCACUCAGAAUGAAGACAAUCCCAUCAUCCUUAAGAUGUGUGAGAGCUUCUUCAGCAGGUUUGGAUCCCACAUAAACCAGGGUCCCCUCCACUUUGGGGGGAUAUUCUGGUGGAAGGCAUCCACAAAAGGAUUCCGAGCCGAGCAGCGGGAAAAAGUGAAGCGACAAACGUCUGAAGCACUGAACAGCUUUGUCAGGAAAAGCUAUGGUGAUGUUCUGGAAAGUGCUGCAGGGGCCCUGGAUGUUUCUACAUCCAGCUCAAAGGCUUCUGUCCUGAGAAGAGCUGCAGAGAGUUCCCAUACAGCCAUUCAGUUCUACGUGGCCAACACAGGGGGCCCAGCAGACACAACUUCUCUUCCUCAGUGGAAAACGGGGCUCGUGUCUGAUAACACAACGUGGUGCGUUAUCGACCGCGGCUUUGAGCUGAUCCCAGUGUGGGACGUCAUCCUGUGCAAUCACAGUGGGGAUUUUAAGUCUGUUGGUCAGAUGAGCAGAGCCCUCAGGGAUGCGUACAAAGCACUGACGAAUGAGAGUGUUGGAGAAAUCUUUGGAGAGGAACUGGACAGUGCAGUGCAAGAGGCCAGAGAUUUCAUGGAGACUGUGAAGGCCUGGGAGGUGACAGUGGAUGAAAGGAAGCUGCACAUGCUGAUGGAGGUAAAAGACGAUCUGAGUGCAAAAACCAAGAACCACCGCGUGUGGACCAAUGUGUGCCUGUCAGACAGAGCCCUGCAGGACUUCCUGGUGAACACUGUGCGGAGCUGCCAGGAGUCACCUCCAGAAAGCACCUCCUCUAUCAAGGUAAUGUUGAGAAGCCUCCUGGAUCCUCACAUCUACUUUGUCAAAGACUUCCCUGAGGCUUCUUUCAUUAUGAAAUGGAUCUUCCAGAAUGAGCACCCGCUUCCCAGAUCUCCCAAAAUCUCUGAGCUUGAAGAACUCAUCAAAACACUGCAGGAAAUGAAGGAGCACAUCUAUGCUGUCACCUACGCACCAGGAAGCUCUGCUUCUGCUCCCGUGAACCUGAAGGAGCAGGAUGCUGACAGAGCUGAGGCCUCCCUUCUGCUGAUGGGUCUGACUGUGACACCAGGAAGUCAAAAGCUGUCCCCUGAGCAGAAGAGGGAGCGUUUAAUUUUCAUGGAGGAUCACAUGGAAGGCUUGUGGUCCCCACAGAUAAAGAAUCUCCUCCAAAAGCACAGUGCAGGCACAGAUUGGAUUAGGCUGGAAUGGGACUUGCAUUCCUUGAUCAGUGGGUGCUUGCAUGAGAAAUGGGAUGAACAGAAAAUACUCAGAAACCUGGAAGACACUUUUCCAACACAUGAGCCACCCAGUCUGUCCAAAUGCAAGUCAGACAGCAGCCAACCCAAAGCAAAUGAAGUCAGUGCAAACAAGGAAUUCAUACAAUUGCUGAACCACCUUGGUCUUGCAAGUCACUAUCCAAGAAAAAUGGGGAUGGGAGAUUUCCAAACCAUCUGCAAGAUAUCUCUGCAGGACAGCCAGCCCAACAAGGACAAGGAAAUUCCAUUAUACCUCUUGCAAAACCUGUUAAAUGUGGAUUACCAGGUGAAGUACCUGACUUGCUCAACAGAGAACCCAGACCUUGAGCUCAUGCCAGACACCCGAGAGCAAAAUGACCAAUACUCAAAAUCCUUUGAAAAUGUUCUUGAUAAUCUGAUGGGA